GGGGAACACAUGUUGAGGCCGGGGAGAGAGGAUUUUGGCUGCGGGGCGGCACUUUGUGGAUUUUCAUCUGGCCCAUCAAAGUAGUCGAGUGUGAGAAGUGUGGAUGUGGAAAGUCGGCGAUUGAAGCCGCCCGUGCCGAAAUGGACGCCCGUCUCGCUGUGUGGUUUCAUCUCCUGGCCCUCCUCCAGCCUCCGGCCCGGGCCUCCAUGGAUUCCUGCUACGACGAGGAGACGGCCGCCCCCAGCCGCUGCCUGCCCAAAUUCGAGAACGUGGCCUUCAACCGGAGCGUGGAGGCGUCCAACGAGUGCGGGUCCCCCCCCGAGGACUACUGCACGCAGAUGGGCUCGGCGGCGCGCUCGUGCCACCGCUGCGACGCCUCGGACCCGGGCCUCGGCCACGGCGCCGCCCUGCUGACCGACUUCCACAGGAACGACGAGCCCACGCGGUGGCAGAGCCAGUCCAUGUACUUCGGCGUCCAGCACCCGAAUUCCGUCAACCUCACCCUCCGUCUGGGGAAGGCCUUCGAGAUCACCUACAUCCGGCUGAAGUUCUACACCAGUCGGCCGGAGAGCUUCGCCAUCUACAGGCGCGCCGUGGCGGACGGACCGUGGCUGCCCUACCAGUUCUACAGCGCCUCCUGCGAGGAGACCUACGGCAAGCCGGCCGGCGGUUUCCUGCGGCUGGGCGACGACGAGAGGACGGCUUUGUGCACGGACGAGUUCAGCGACAUCGCCCCGCUCACCGGCGGAAACGUGGCCUUCUCCACCCUGGAGGGACGACCCGGCGCCUACAACUUCGACCGGAGUCUCGUCUUGCAGGAAUGGGUGACGGCGACCGACUUGCUCAUCUCCCUGGACAGGCUCAACACCUUCGGCGACGAGGUCUUCAAGGACGCCAACGUCCUGCGGUCGUAUUUCUACGCCAUCUCCGAUUUCUCCGUCGGCGGCAGAUGCAAGUGCAACGGCCACGCCAGCGAGUGCGUGUGGGCCGAGCGCGGCAGAGACGGCGGAGGCGAAGGCCUGGUCUGCGCCUGCCAGCAUCAGACGGAAGGAGACGACUGCCAGAGGUGUCGGCCCUUCUACCGGGACAGACCCUGGGCGAGGGCCACCGGGGAAUCGGCUAACGAGUGUCUGCGGUGCAACUGCAGCGGCCGCUCGGACCGCUGCGUUUUCGACGCGGAGCAGUACCGCGCCACGGGCAGCGGGGGGCGUUGUCUGGAGUGCCGGGACAACACGGACGGCGCCCACUGCGAGCGGUGCCGCGAGAACCACUUCAGGGGCUCGCCUGACGGGCCCUGCCUGCCCUGCAACUGCAACAUCAACGGCUCGGCGAGUCUGCGGUGUGACAGCGAGGGACGGUGCGAGUGCGGCGGCCGAGGCGUGACGGGGGACAAGUGUGACACGUGUCGCCCGGGAUUCCACUCGCUCGGCCCCGCCGGCUGCAGGCCGUGCGAGUGCGCCCCCGGGGGCAGCGCGGGCGUCUGCUCGCCGCUGGACGGCGGCUGUCGCUGCAAGGCCAACGCCGAGGGGAGAGACUGCGGCAGAUGCAAGCCAGGCUUCUUCAACCUGCAAGAAAACAACCCGGCUGGCUGCCAGCCGUGUUUCUGCUUCGGCCACUCGCUGGCUUGCUCCUCGUCCGGCGGCUUCGCGGCCGUCGACAUCACUUCGGAUUUCACGGAAGAUCAGGACGGCUGGCUGGGCGAGUUCUCCGGGGGUCGGCUGGACCCCCUGCUGUGGAAGGAGGGCGAAGUCUAUCUGCUGCCUCUCUCCGAGGAGGACCCGGGCUUCUACAGAGCGCCCGACAAAUUUGUGGGUGGUCAGAGGCACAGCUACGGCCAGCUGCUCUCCGUCACCUUCACCUCGGAGACCCCGCAGCUGCUUCCCGACCGCGUCGCCGUGCUGCUCGACGGCGCCGGAAUGACGCUCGGCGCCGAACUCGCGCCCGGCCCGGCGCGACGGGACGAACCCGGCCUCUCGCCGCGGAAAACCUUCGUGCUCAGGCUUGAUGAAAGCCAGAUGACGCCAAAGCUGUCCGCCUUGGAGUUCCGCCGACUCCUGCACGACGUGACGGCGCUACGCAUCACCAACGCCGGAGGCCUCAACUACACGUCGCAGCUCUCGAGGGUCCGCCUGGCCUCCGCGUCGCCCGCCGACGACGAAGCGGCGCCCCCCGCCCCCUGGGUGGAGAGCUGCAGCUGUCCCGUCGGCUUCGUCGGCCGCUUCUGCGAGCGCUGCGCGCCCGGAUUCACGCGGGAGGUCCCGGGCGGCGGAUCCUUCUCGCCGUGCGUCCGUUGCGACUGCCACCGGCACGGGACCUGCAAUCCGGAAACCGGGGAGUGCGAGUGCUCAGAUUUCACCGGCGGGCCGACCUGCGAGCGCUGCGUGGACGGUUACUACGGCAACGCCUUGAUGGGCACGCCGGGCGACUGCCGGCCUUGCCCUUGCCCCGGCGGCGGCGGCUGCGUCCGGGCGGGCGCCACCGAUCAGGUGGUCUGCACCGACUGCCCCGCCGGACAAACGGGCAACCGCUGCCAGUUGUGCGAGGACGGUUUCCACGGCGACCCGCUGGGGCGAUCGGGGCCGGCGCGGCCGUGCGCCAGGUGCGACUGCAGCGGCAACGCCGACCCGAACGCGGUGGGCGUGUGCGACCGCCUGACCGGCCGCUGCCUCAAGUGCACGGGCGACACCGAGGGCGACCGAUGCCAGCGUUGCCGCCCUGGUUACUACGGCGACGCUCGCGGCCACACGCCCGGGCCCAAGUGCAAGCCGUGCGACUGCAACCCCGCGGGAACGUCGGGCAACGCCACGGAGUGCGACGCCGACACGGGAAGCUGCGAGUGCCUGGAGCACGCGACCGGGCGGGACUGCGGCCGCUGCGAGGAAGGCUUCUUCAACCUCCGACGCGGUUUGGGUUGCGAGAGGUGCGCGUGUCACCCCGUUGGCUCGUCGUCCGCCGCCUGCGACCCGAUCACGGGACGGUGCUCGUGCAGGGCCGGCGUGGAGGGGCGGCUGUGCGGCGCCUGCCGAAUGGGCUUCUUUGGAUUUUCCUCACGAGGAUGCGCAGCCUGCGACUGCGACCCGAUGGGCGCCGCCUCCAUGCAGUGCCACGGCGACGGCACGUGUCCGUGCCGGCCCGGCUUCGCCGGCGCCAAGUGCGACCGAUGCCGGCCCAACUUCUUCCACCACGGGGGCACCCACCAGUGCGAGGAGUGCCCCGCCUGCUACGGCUUGGUGCGCCAACAGGCGGAGAACCUGCGGUCGCGCCUGCAGGACACCGAAAAGCUCCUGGCCCACUUCGACUGCCGGGGCCGAUUCGGGAAGCGCCGUCCCCCGACGGGAAACCAGACCGACGGGGUUGGCGGGAACCAGCGGGACGGAGAAGCGCUGCCCAACGCGCUGGAGGAAUUUCUUGCCUUCCAAGAAGCUCGGGAGGCCUUCCUGCGACAAUUCUCCUCCCUGGCGGGGUCCGCCGGCGCCAUGGAGGCCCGAUUGCGCGACCUGGCGGCCGCUUCGAACUGCAGCCUGGAAGAAAAGGAGGAAGAGGAGCGAGGAGGGACGUGCCGGACUUUAGGCAGGGUCGCCCUGGUUGUCGGAGAGUCCCGAAGGCAACUGGAGCGGGCCACGGAGGACCUGGAUUCCGCGGUCAUACCUUUUGCGCUUGAGUCCGGAGCAAAUCAAUGGAAGAUGAUGGUCAAUGAGUCUCGAGUCCUAACGAAAAGCCAUGGAGACGCCGCCGAGCGCGUCGGGGUCGCGGCCGGCGGGGCGCUCGCCGCUUCCGAGCGCGCCUUCGCCUCGCUGACGGAGCUGCUGGGCGACAACUCCACCGACGAGUACCUGGAGGACCUGACGCGAAGAAUGACACAAAUGCAGCAGCAGCGGCAAAAUCUGACGGCCUUGGCGAGCGAGAUUGACGCCGACGACGAGGCGCGACGGGAGGACGCCGCCGGGUUGCGGCGCGCCCUCGGCAACGUCACGUCACAGCUAAGCGGCGCCAACGCCAGCGACCCGGUCGCCGAGCGGGCCGACUCUCUGUUGAAAAAGACCCAAGAACUGGAUCAACACAUCCGGUCCAAAGACGACCUGAUCGGCAAGAUCACAAAUGACACCCGCUCCCUGGCGCGGGCCGUCGGCGACAAGCAGGAAAUGGUUAACAACGUCGAAGAGCUGCUAGCUCGCGCUAAGUGGGCCAAAGUGGUGGCCUUGGCUUCGGUGGUGGAAGGGAAAGGGACGGAGUCGGAACAAAUCAGCCUGCACCGGGAUCUGCAAAACAUGGUGCGCGAGUGGCCCCGUCUGCAGGCCCAGACCAGAGCCGCCAUGAAGAAGAAGAAGCCCCUGGAGGACAAAGUUCUGGCCGGCGUCACCAAAGUGGUCUCGGAGAUCCGAGAGACGAUCCAGCCCGCGCGGGAAAACGCCCUCUUAGCCAGAAACGCCUCGCGCGAAGCUGAGCGGACCGCCGACACCGUGGCCCGGGAAUCGAAAGGCGUCCUGAUGCAGGCCAAGCACACGAAGACGGCCUGCGCUCACCUCAGCUCCCACGUGGAAUCCGCCUUGCAGAGUCUGGCCGCGCAGGCGACGCUAGCCGAAAGCGCCGUGUCCAGCGCGCCCGCCGAGCCUGCGCCGGCGCUGGCCGACGUGAAGAAGGACGUGGAGGCGGCCAAGUCGCAGUUGGAGGCCUACUCCCGCACGCUAACCGAGCUCAUCAGCAAAAUGGACGCCAACGUGCCCCUGGAGCGCUUCCACCGGGUCCUGAACGAGACGGCCCGGCGCCUGAGCGCGCUCCGCGGCAGCGUGGAGGGUCCCCUGCUGGGCGCCAAGAUCGGAAGCCUGCGCUCGGCGGCCGAGGCCCAGCGGAACCGCCUGGCGCUGCUGGAACAGGACGUGCGGGAGAUCGAACGGGAGCGGGACAGUCUCAGGGACAUCGCCCUGCACUUGCCGCCGACCUGCCGGGAGGCCGGCGCCAAGACCCGCGGCUAAACCCGCGGAAAGUCUUCGUUACGCCGGUACCUUGACUCACGGGUGACCCGACCUGAGCCAAAAUUUCAGUUCGAGUGAAAAAAGGAGCGAUUAAGGUACGCUGGUCCCUCGUUUAAUUUGUUCCUUUGUUCAAAACAUUUGGAUUUCGUAUCAUCUUUCCCCAUUGACAUGAAUGAAAAUGCCAUCAAUCCGUUCCAGCUCCCAAAAACAAACAAACAAAAAAAAAACAUUCUGCAGUUUUAUACUUACAGUCAUACCCCAAUUAAAUACGGUUAUCGUUCCUUCAGGUGGCACGGUGGUGCUCUGGACCGGGGUUCAAAUCCCGGCCCCGCCCAUCUGGAGUCUGCAUGUUCUCCAUGUGCCCUGCGAUUGUCCUGCGACCAGUUCGGGGUGUGCCCCGCCUCCUGCCCGAUGACAGCUGGUAUUGGCGCCAUAACUCCCACGACCCUCGUGAGGAUAAGCGGCUGAGUAAAUGCAUGGAUGGAUCGCUCCUUCAUCGCAGGGGUUAGGUUUCAGACCACCCCUGCAAUAGGUGCAAUCCAUGAAGUAGCGACCUCAAUUAUGAUUAUAUAACCCUAACCCAAACUCAUGUCAUCUUACUAUCCAGGUGCUUAUCCUCACAAGGGUUUGCCGUACUGCCGAAGCCUAAUUUUUUUUUGCCGAAACUCUUUCCAUACCCUCGGCUUGCUGUCGCCUGGAGCCAGACAGCUUCACGACAGCAAAAAAAAAAAAAGAGAGAGAGAUUUCUUUGUGUUGUUUUUCCGCCCCCCCCCCCCCUCAACACAAUUGUUGACUAUUUUUUUUAUUUUAUUUUUUUUAAAUGUUCUCCGUAUGAAUGCAUCGAGUAAAACCAUUUAGCGCCGCCCUCCCCGCUGCGCCACUCUUCUGGCUAAAAAGCUUUUCAAAUGGGAGACAUUUUCACGCCGACAUUUUUCAAACCAGAAAAGAAACGAAUGAAAAGGGAAGGGGAAAACAAGCUGCUUUCAUCCUUGGCUUUGCUUUCGGCUCAUAACAUAAAAAUAUGUCAGAGAUGAUGUGGGGGGGGGGUGAGGGAAGCGCCCCUUUGAAAUCGACUUAUUGUGAUUUUUGAUUUCUAGCAUAUUUAAUGCUCGCAAACGCAACAAAGCGCCUUUUAUUUUGGUUUGUGCUGCAAAACAUGCCACGUUGAAAUUACGGCGCGCGACAUUCUCUCGAAAACCCCAUAAAUCCGUUUUAUGACAAUUUGUGACAUCAAUGGAAUCCGUCCUGUCAAAACUUGUUGCCUUAUAGUACUGUAUUUUUAUGAAAAGUUGCAUAUACAGUACUGUGUGUACUGCAGAUUACAAAUCAAUGUAACAACCGUCACAGUCAUGUACUGCGUUCUUGAUCCUCUGCGAAGAAUUACACGAGUGCCACUUGAGUUGUGGGCAGGACACGCCCCGCUGCAAUAUGAUUGGCCGCUGCAUCCAGGCAGCUAAGUAAGCGAGAAGUAUCAAUUGGCACUUGUACUGCCCCCUGGUGGCCAAGAGACGCACACCAGGGUGAACAGCACAAUGUGCGUCGGAAGUGUUGAAUUCUUUCUACCGUAAUUUCCGGCCUACGAGCCGCCACAUGCUUUCAACCCUGCGGUUUAUGUGGUGAUACGGCUAAUUUGUGCAUUUUUUUUCUAGAGGCCGCAAGGGGGCACUCGGGCGGAAAAGGUGAGAAUGAGACCGGUGGGAAUAUAUGUGCCGAGAAAGUGACUUUUACCGGCCUUGUUAGCGCUGCGCUAGCGUUAGCGCUGUGCUAGCGUCUUGCUGCUGUGUUACUGGCGUGUCUCAGUGGUAUUUACCGGUAAGUUUUAUUUUAACCGGCCUUGUUAGCGUUAGCUUUAGCGCAGUGCUAGCAUUAAACACCGUGUACCGUCUUUCUUUGUAAAUAUCUCAUGUUUCAAUGUGGGCACUUGCGGCCUUUACCCAGCUGCGGCGUAUGUAUGUACCAAAUGGUAUUUCCUUUACAAAUGUAUUGGGUGAGCCUUGUAACCAGGUGCACUCUAUAGGCCGGGAAUUGCGGUAAUUCUGUUGGAUUACACCACUACUGUCUGUGUUGGGUAUACCGGUUUUCAUAUAAAAUACCAUUUUACACGUGACAACUUUUGGCUGUGUUGAUGGAAGGCAGCUGGAACACAUUAAUGGCAUUUCCAUUCAUUUCAAUUGGGAAAGACGAUUUGAAUGUGAAUGUUUUGAACGUGGUCUUGCAAUGAAUUAAACUCGCAUGUCAGGUCAUCACUGAACAACUUCUUAGUUAGAAAUCCAAUUUAUAUUUUUCUUGAAUUUUUCAUACUUUUUUACUUUUUUUUAAUACUUUUAACUUGAAAAUCGGCGACUUUUCCCUCAAACAUAUGCACUAGUACCUUGUUUUUCCCGUGGGUCGCAUUCCAGAAAUCCCCUCGAUUCAUCAAAAUCAGCAAAGUAGUGACCAUAUAUUUAUUUCAUUAUUUAUAAAUACGCCGAAGCCGUGCGACCUUCCCCACGACUCUAAAACCUCUUCCUGUAUGGGAUCUUGAUAUCAUUUUUUAUUUUUAGAAUUGUUUAUCCUAAACAUCAUCUCAGCUACUAUCCCAGUAAUCACACAAAUAAAAAUGGAUUUUGCAUAAUACGAAUGCAAAAUAUGCCUGUGAGUUGCAGGUGUAUGUAUAUAUAUAUAUAUAUAUAUAUAUAUAUAUAUAUAUAUAUAAUAUAUAUAUA